CUGAAGGUGGUACACACAGAAUCCGAUCCGAACGAGGACGCACAAACCGAUUCCUCUCCGCCAAAUAUUCGUGCUGCGGCUGAAAAUAACGAUCUCACAAAUGCCAUUACUUUUGUCACGGCUUCGGCUCAUCCCGACCAAUCGUCUUAUCCGAAUCCAGAUGUGAAUGUGGCUGAGACCGGGAACACAACGGCCACCAUAUCGCUUCGAUGGAUCACACCACAAGCGUACAAUCCGUUGCUUGUGACCGCCGUGGACGAGGAUACACAACCACAUUCAAAGAGUGGCGUGGCGGAACAGGACCAGUCUGCUACGCAUGUUUUGUGA